AUGUGGAUGUCUCUUCUUCACAAUAUCACCAGUCUCCGUUGGAUCUACAAAGAGCCCAAUGGCCUGUGUUCACAGACACAAAUCAGCGCACAGUUCAGCAACCUGCUCCCCCGUCACUGGGACACUCUCAGUUUCGCACACACCAUCAAAACUGUUACCAGCCUGACCCUACAGCUUGUUUCCAGUACGUGGUACCUUCGUCAGUUCCUGACUACUUUCAACCUGCUACAUUUCAACGGUAUCGGGACUCUGUGCAGCUUCAGUAUGCAGAGUACGCUGAACCUCCGACGUCCAGAGGUGGUGAACCUCUCUGUGAGUGUGAGUGUGACUGAUGCUCUAGGUCUUAGAGAGGAACGUGUUCUAGGCAGUGGUGCGACGGCGCAGAUUUCUCUAGCUACAGACGUCAACAACCCGGACGAGAAAAAAGCUCUGAAGAAAUUCACCUUUCCUGAGGAUGAGAACCCAGCCGCUAUUCGCAGGAUACGGUUCCAUUUCCAAAAUGAGGUUUCCUUCUUACAAGACCUCCAUCAUCCGUACAUCAUCCACAUGGAGAAAGCUGUCAGAUGUCCCAACUCACUGGUCAUCGUGAUGGAGCUUGCCUCUAAAGACCUGUAUCGGGCGUUACCUCGUAUAACGGAUGAAGAGGUCAGUCAGUACUUUCGCCAGAUCACCGAGGCUUUGAGCUAUCUACACAGUCGCCGUGUCGUGCAUGGGGACGUAGGGUUACGAAAUGUCGUACUCACUAGUGAAGGAGUCGCCAAGCUUUGUGACUUUGGACAUUCACAGACUGUACCGAAAAACGCAAACAGUCUGAAGUCUUGGGGAAGCCGCCCGUCUUACCAGGGACCUGAAUACAAGAGAGGUCAACCGGUGCUAGAUGCUUUCAAACUCGAGAGUUUUUGCCUGGGUGUUUUAUUGUGGGCACUUCUGUUUCGAAAACGGCCCCAGAGAGGCAUGGAUUACCUGAAGAUUCUGGAGAACGACCAAACAAUCUCCGCCACAUACAGGGAAUGUGCUCAACUUUUACUGUGUCCCAAGCCUGCAGACCGGGCUUCAGUCAGCCAAAUCUUAGAACUUCUCACCAACAACCAGCAGGCAAAUCUUCGCGUCGACCACGAUGUCACACCACGUCAUUCUGAUGACCAGUCAGCACAACAAGAGAGAACAAUUUGA